AUGAAUAGAAUAAAUGAGAGCAUCCCACUGGAGUUCAUCCUCUUAGGCUUCUCAGAGCGACCAUGGCUGGAGUUUCCACUCUUUGUUGUCUUCUUCAUUUCUUACAUUGUGACUAUCUUUGGGAAUCUGACCAUUAUUCUAGUGUCACGCCUGGACUCCAGACUCCAUACUCCCAUGUAUUUCUUUCUUACCAAUCUGUCACUCCUAGAUCUUUGCUACACCACAAGUACAGUUCCACAAAUGCUGGUAAAUUUAUACAGCGCUAGGAAGGUAAUUAGUUACAGUGGCUGUGUGGCCCAGCUGUUCAUGUUUCUGGCCUUGGGGGCCACUGAAUGUGUUCUGCUGGCCAUAAUGUCCUUUGAUAGGUUUGUAGCUAUUUGUCGGCCUCUCCAUUACUCCGUUAUCAUGCACCAAAGGUCCUGCCUCCAGUUGGCAGCUGCAUCUUGGAUUACUGGUUUCAGCAACUCAGUGUGGUUGUCUACCCUGACUCUCCAACUGCCACUCUGUGGCCCAUAUAUACUAGAUCACUUUCUCUGUGAAGUCCCUGCUCUGCUCAAAUUGUCCUGUGUUGACACAAGAGCAAAUGAAGCUGAACUAUUCUUUGUAAGUGUGCUAUUCCAUCUGGUACCCUUGACACUUAUUUUUAUAUCAUACGCUUUUAUUGCCCAAUCAGUGUUGAGAAUCCAAUCUGCUGAAGGUAGACAAAAAGCAUUUGGAACAUGUGGCUCUCAUCUAAUUGUGGUGUCACUUUUCUAUGGUACAGCUAUCUCCAUGUACCUGCAAGCACCUUCACACAACUCCAAGGACCGAGGAAAGAUGGUUUCCCUCUUUUAUGGCAUCAUUGCACCCAUGCUGAACCCCUUGAUAUAUACACUUAGGAACAAAGAGGUAAAGGAAGCCUUUAAAAGGUUAGUUGCAAGGGUCUUCUCAAUCAAGAAAUAAGUGUUAAAAAAAAAAGUGCCCAAAAUACAGUCAGUUGUACUAAGCCAAUAUAGUCAAAACAAGACAUAAAUACCUAACAUAAUUGCCAUCUUAGUCCCCCAGGAAUGUAACUUUUACUCAGACAACCUGGAAUCAACUGGUCAGCACAAAGUGAGGUAACCUCCCCACUAGGCCCCUCCAUUCCCCUUAGGAAGGCAACCUUGUCUGAAGCAAUGCAUUCUUUGCUAAU